GAAUCCAGACGCUGAUUAUUCUGACUUGGCCGCAACCUCCCCUCCCCGUCGGGUCUACAAUCUCGCGACAGCUUCGUCGUUGCGUUCGUUUUACCUGACUUCCCUCGCUCUCAUCCCCAGGAGCGUAUCCGAAUUAGGGACGAACACAGACAUCACACACGGUCUACAGCGACGCCUCUCUUUCCUAUAACAAUGCCGCCCACAGAUACGGCGGCUGGGCCACGCGAGGGCUUCGUGCACCCAGAUGCGCAACAUGCGAAAAAGAAGAAAGCCCCAUCGCCUUACGCGAUCCAGCCAAUUACUGCCUUCUAUAUCUUCCUUGCGGCGAACAUAACAGCCGCUCUUUUCGCGCCCAUCCAAGAUUGCGACGAGACCUUCAACUACUGGGAACCCACACACUAUCUAUCCCACGGCUAUGGUCUACAGACAUGGGAGUACUCUCCAGAAUUCGCCAUCCGCAGCUGGUUCUAUGUCGCUCUCCAUGCCAUUGUAGGCAACUUCCGUAGACUACUUCCCCGGCCUACCAAGGUCGCUGAGUUUUACUUCGUCCGAUAUGCCCUCGCUUUCCUCUGUGCAUUUUGCCAGGUGCUCUUGUUCCGCGUUGUCAGCUUCACGCUAAACCCUAGAAUUGGACUCUUCUUCCUCAUGGCUCUAGUCAUGUCACCUGGCAACUUCCAUGCCAGUGCCGCUUAUCUUCCAUCUAGCUUCGCCAUGUAUACGUCCUUUUUAGGUGCUGCUGCCUUCAUGAACUGGAGGGGCGGGCUUAAGACAGCCUGGGGCAUUUGGUGGUUUGCCGUUGGCGGUAUCUUGGGGUGGCCUUUUGCUUCAGCACUCUGUGCACCUUUCCUGUUUGAGGAAGCCAUAUUCGCAUUCUUUAGUGACCGAGAUCGCUUUUGGGAGACUGUGCUGCGUGUUGGUCGUGGCGUGAUUGCGGCUCUUCUACUCCUUUUUGGCGACUCGAUGAUCAAUUCUUUCUUCUUCCGAAAAUUCGAGGUUGUAUCCUGGAACAUUGUCAAAUACAACAUUUUUUCUUCCACCGGCGGUCCAAACCUUUACGGGACGGAACCUUGGACCUUCUAUUUCCGCAAUCUAGCCAUCAAUUUCAAUGUCUGGUUUGUACUCGCCUUGCUCUCACUCCCUCUAUUCUUGCUACAAAAAGCAUUCACCGCAAAAGUGAAUAGCUUUCAGUCCGGGCUACGGACUAUUGUGUUCCUCGCGCCAUUUUAUAUGUGGCUCGCCAUCUUCACUAUACAGCCCCAUAAGGAGGAAAGGUUUAUGUACCCAGCCUAUCCCUUUCUCGCCCUAAAUGCGGCUCUCGCAUUCCACAUAGUGCUUUCGGCUUUUGGCAAUUCAGACCCGAAGACCAUUGUAGGAAAGAUCCCAGCACGACUCAAACUCGUGGCUGUCACUUCAGUGUUGUUACUUUCCUUGGAUCUGGGCCUCACACGUAUUAUUGGUAUCUAUACCGGAUACUCAGCUCCACUUAAGAUCUACCAGCCUCUUGGGGCUGGUGUGACCGGAGAGCAAGGUAUUGGUGGACGUGGGGACAACGUCUGCUUCUCCAAGGAAUGGUACCGCUUUCCCAGCUCAUACUUUCUUCCACGCGACAUGCAUGCCAAAUUCAUCAGGUCGGAGUUCCGCGGGUUGCUGCCCGGCGAGUUCGCGGAAGCUCGCGAAGGAUUUGGCUUCUUUGGCGGAACUUGGUUGCCAACAAGCGGGCUGAAUGAUCGCAAUGAGGAAGACAUGGCCAAGUAUGUCGACACAAGACAAUGUUCCUUCCUGGUGGAUACACAAUACCCUGAGAAUACUGAUCCCUUGCCACCUUACGAGCCGGAUUACAUUGCCGAUGCGGAUAACUGGGAUAUUGUCAAGUGCGAACCGUUCUUGGAUACCAGCAAGACACCUUUCAUAUCUAGAGUGCUUUGGAUGCCAGAGGCUAGUUUCGUACCCGAGAAAUAUAGGAGACGGUGGGGAAGGCAUUGCUUGCUUCGGCGAAAAGCAUAUACCCGCACUUCUCCAUAGAGACGCAAUUUUCGCCUUAAUGCCGGCAUGACGUUUAUUAUAGGUAGAUUCAAAAAAAAUUCCAGAAUAUCUAGGUUUUUGUACUGUUCCUAUUUUGCUCUCGGCUUAACCUCAGAAGUGGCCCAAUACGGGGAAAGUUCGUCUACCAAGUUGGCCGGAUUGUUGGAGACACCAUGUUGCACGAUGCACCACAGGGAUAUAUCACAUGCGUUGUAUUGAUGAUUUUAGAAUGCAAGGAGCUACGAGGCUAACCGCUUCCGUUGAGUGAAGCCGAAACGAUGGCGACUUUAGGAGCUUCCUGUACAGGCAGCUUCAGUUCAUCUACUUGCAUAAUUUUGGCCUAGCUACGCCAAGCCAAGCCGUUCACGUCGCUCAUGCCAUCACCAUUUCACGUGCGCCCGGGACUGGGAUAGUUUCGACUCGAUAUAGAUUCCCGCUCGUUAUUCUCCGUUAUUGCUGCCUUG